AUGGCGGAUCUAACGAUUCUCAACGACAAAGUGAGCGUAGCUGUCGCGGAACAUGAUGGCUCCUGGCAGAAGCGACAGCAAAUGCUCAAUGCGAUUGAGGAACUACGGAUCGCAGCACUGGGACCUGCUGACUACGUCGCCGGUCUGAGAUAUCAGGCGUUGCAGAACAUGGGCAUCGCCAUGGUGCUCGAGAUGAAUCUUCUGACUCCUAUCGUCGACAGACAUGGAGCCCAGAUCACCGCAGAUGAGGUAGCAGAGGCCUCCGGAUCGGACAAGUCACUGACCGUACGCCUCCUUCGCCUGCUCUCGUCCCUCCAUCUCAUCACCGAGCUCAGCGCAGGGAUAUAUCGCUCCAACGCGAACACUGUCUACCUCAGCCACAAAUCCCGCACUGGCGCUCACAAGUUCCUGAACAUCCCGACCUUGAAUGUCAUGGCGAAUGCUGUGCCUUACAUGCGUGCUCACGGCGGUCGAUUUCCGCAGUUCCCGGACAAGGAGAAAGGAGAGAAGGGUCUCGCCGAGUGGACGCACGGUAUGAGUUUGUGGGAGCUGUUUCGCGCACAGCCCGAGGUCCUCAGGGACUUUAGCGACUACCUGGGUGGCAGGAGAGAGGAUAUGGUCGGAUAUUGGUUUGAUAUCUGGCCCACCAAGGAGAAGAUUGGUCGUGGAAUGAAUGCCAUGGCUCCUGAGAAUGACGGACAAGUCUUGGUGGUAGAUGUUGGUGGAAACGUCGGGUAUGAUCUGCAGGCUUUUCGGAAGCGCUUCCCGGAGUUCGUUGGAAGAGGUCGUCUGAAUUUGCAGGAUCUCCGGGAGAAUAUUGAGAAGGCAGAGAUACUGCUGGAGGGAACAGGUAUCGAGGCGAUGGAGUAUGACUUCUUCAAUGCCCAACCUAUCAAAGGCGCCAGCAUCUACUACUUCGGUGGCAUAUUCCACGACUGGUCCGACGCACAAGCUCUCUCCAUCCUGCGGAACGUUGCCGCAGCCAUGAGUCCCGUGUCACGUAUUAUCAUCGACGAGAUGCCCCUGCCGGAUGAGAAAGCGUCGUUGAGCCUGGUCCAGUACGACUUGCUGAUGAUGAUCAACGUCAACGGUAUCGAAAGGACCUUUGGUCAUUAUCGAGAGCUGUUGAGCCAGGCCGGGCUAGAGAUAGUGGAUGUUUGGCGCACGCAAUUGGAUACUGUGCUGGAAGUAAAGCUUGUUGCUUGA